AUGAAACAGCUAAAGUGCAAGAAGUCUCCUGGCGAAGACGGUACUCACCCGGAAUUUAUAAUUAGAAUGGGACCAAAAGCCAAGGAAACCAUGCUGACGCUUUUCAACGAAAUCUGGGAGACCAGUCUUGUACCUUACAAAUGGAAAGUUGCCAUAGUAAUACCA